AAUCGUCAAUGGCUUUGGUCACACUGCGGAAAAAAAUUGUGAAUGCGAUCCAAGGUGCAUAAAACGACAAAGUAAAAAACUGUGAGUGCUGUGGACAUUAAACCAGCUUCGAUUUCAAGAAGUCGCACUCCCCGAAAGCCAGCAGGUCAUCGUCCAGACUUGUCAGUGAUUUGAAAACCCUAAAACCCUUUUGCGAUCAUCGUAGCGAAAUGAGUGCCGUCACCAGCAGCGAUACAGCCAUCAGCGGCAUGGCCCUUGGCCGGAGCCAGACCAUCUGCCGCUACUACGUGCGCGGCAUCUGCCGUUUCGGGGAACUUUGCCGAUUUUCCCACGACCUGAGCCGCGGUCAUCCCGAGUGCGAGGAACAAGUGGCCACCGACGUGCUGCCGAAGCCUAGUACAAGCAGCAGCAGCACCAGUGGCAGCCAGAGCGCCAGCAUCUCCACUCAGCAGAGGAACUGGGCGAACGCCCCGGUAUUUGUGCCUAGCCAAAAGCGCAAUACUGCCCACGAACAGAGCGAGUUUGAGACCACUGUGGACCCUCUGACUCUGACGGAGGCGCAUGCUGGAGCCAGCUACGAUAUAUUAGCCCCUGGUGUGUCCUGGGCCGAUGUAGUGGGCGGACCAUCGUCUCUGAACAAAGAUGACUAUGGCGAGGAGAACAGUUCCUGCGCCUGGGGCGAAUUCUCCGCCUACCCCAUUCACAUGGAGCUGUGCGAAAUGUGCGACCAGUAUUGCCUGCAUCCCACGGAUCAAGUCCAACGGAAGAGUCACAACCGCGAGUGCCUGCAGCAGCAUGAGCAGGCCAUGGAGCUGUCCUUCGCCAUUGCCAGAUCCAAGGACAAGACGUGCGGCAUCUGCUUUGACACGAUUAUGGAGAAGGCGGGAAGAGAAAAGCGUUUCGGCAUUCUGCCCAACUGCAACCACAUAUUCUGCUUGGAGUGCAUUCGCACAUGGCGUCAGGCCAAACAGUUUGAACACAAAAUAACGCGAGCUUGCCCAGAAUGUCGCGUUUGCUCGGAUUUUGUCUGUCCCAGUGCGUUUUGGAUGGAAACCAAGGAGGAAAAGGACAAAUUGCUCAACGAUUACCGCGCCGCUUUGGGAGCAAAGGACUGCAAAUACUUUAAAAAAGGAGAGGGCAAGUGCCCCUUUGGUAACAAGUGCUUCUACAAGCACGCCCUGCCCAACGGAGAUAUCGUCGAUGUGGGUUUGCCGAAGCGCACCCGAAAGUUACAGAGCCAGAAUGAAAUAAUCGAUUUACUUGAUAUAUAUCUCUGGGACUACGUAGAUCGGCGUGAUUAUCAUUGGCUGGGGAUGAUUUCAAGUGAUAUCACUAGCUCCGAAAGUUCAGAUUACUCGGAUGAAGACUAAGCUUCUGAAGCAGAAGGAUACAAAAAAAGCAACAUCAGCCCAAAAGCAUUAAAAUUUGGAUGUAAAGUCCCAGGAACACGUAAACAAUAUUCACACACGAUAUAUAUAAACGAUACUGAGCCAAAUAUCGAAUGCGAAAUUAAACAAAAUAAUGUAUUUGGGUACCAAAUUUAGGUUACAUAAUAUUUAUUCUCCACUUAAUGCAACGAAAUUUACAGCAACUUUCCGUACUUGUAUUGAAUUAAAUUACAUUUAAUACCUUUAACAAGUGGUUUUACCAAGACCAGAAGGAACAUUGAUAUAUCAUUAAAUUUCAAUACACAACUUUAGAGUUAAACAAGCAGGAAACAGUACAUUUUGAAAACAGGUGAUAUAUAAAACAUGUAAAUUAUGGCUUUCAGACUGAAUUGUAAAGAUAAAAAUGCAUACAUUCUUUAAUCGGUUUUCUACUCAUUUUUUGAAGUUUAACAACUGCAACUAAGUGAAACGCACAUAGCAAUCCACAUGAGCACAUCAAUCUGGAUACUUGCAUACAUUCAAUAUUGAAUGAGUCUAUGUAUCAAACCGAGCAGAAUUAUUCCCUUUCGCCGAUAAAUGAAAUUUUUGUUAUUGUUAUGAGCCUUUGUGUUAGAGUAUUACUGUUGCAUACCUAUAAUUCAGUAUAUUUGUAAUUGUUGGCCACAAGCGUAAUACCCAAUCCACUACAAAUAUGAUAUGUAUAACAUCUUUACUGUAUAUGGAUUUUAAGUUAAUACUUUCGAAAUGUACCUCUUUAGAAUGUUUUAUUUUUACUGAUACAAAUGUAAUGUGUUGUCCAUGGGAAAAGCAACAAUUAAAUAUACAAAGGGAACUAGCAUAUGAACCCAACAUGUUUAAAAUCCAAAAUCUACAAUUAAUGUAACAAUAACUUAAAAAUCUCAAUAUUGCAUAGAAUCGGGUUCAGCGAUUCGAACCCAUUUGUAUGUGAUUCUAGUUGACAAACAAAAAAUAUCUUAUGAGUAAUUGGAAAUAAGUACAUAGUUUUAAAAACUCAAAUAUGGUCGUUGAAGUAUGAUAUAGAAUGAAAAUUUCACUAACAAAUACAUGCUAUCGCAAAAGCUGCAA